AUGUCAUCAAAUACUUUCGUAUCGAUUGCAUCGGAAACCAUUGCCUCGGAGCUGGACAUGGAGUUCAUACACAACAUCGACAAUAAUGUGACAAACAGUGUAUGGAUGGACAGCCGGUCCAGCAGUUUAUGGCACUAUGUAUUUCACGAGUACUGGCACAACGAGGGGUGUCCGCAAGCGGAACACCUGCCCCUUAUGGGUGGCGGACCCCUACCCGUACUCAUCAUAAUGAGCGCAUACCUGCUAUUUGUCACUAGAAUUGGGCCGUGGAUUAUGGCUAAAAGGCCUGCACUGGAGCUGCGAACCCCGAUGCUAGUGUACAACACGACCAUGGUCAUUGUCAACGCCUACUUUUUUGCCAAAUUCAUCUCAUUCGCCGAUUACGGCCGAGUAUUCACCCGAUUUCAGUUCCCCUCGCCGUACGACCGCUCGCCGGCAUCGGUGGCCAUCGUCUCCACCACUAACCUAUACUUUUGGUCAAAGUUUGUGGAUCUGAUGGACACCGUGUUCUUCGUUCUGCGCAAACGUCAGCGCCAGGUGUCGGGCCUUCAUCUCUAUCACCACACAGUCGUCCCGCUGUUGGCGUGGAUGACAAUGAAGUUGAUGCCAACGGUUCCGGCGUUUCAGAUCUUUGGCCUAUUGAACUCGUUUGUCCACACAGUUAUGUACGCCUAUUACGCCCUCUCGGCCUUCGGGCCCGCCAUUCAGCCCUACCUCUGGUGGAAGCGCUACAUCACAAUGAUC